UGUAGAGCGCUUUUUCGUUUUCGCAGAUAUUGCCACUGUUGGAAUUGGCUGAUAGGAAAGCUGACGGACGGUGAUCAUAAAGCAGCAAAAUUGUACACAGAGUUCAUAAUUUUUUUAUUUUUCCUUUCCAAGAAGUUAUUUUUGUUUUCAUUCGGACUAUUGGUCUACCGGAAAAAACCACUUACUUACACAACACGUAUCAAAUAUGUUCCAAUGGGGGACAUUUUCAUGGUAAAAGGAGAUGAAACGAUCAUUUUAAGCAAUUCCUGUAAUUUCCAUGGAGUAAACGAUACUGAGAACAUGCUUGAAGUUUGCAUAGACAGUUUGGAAUCCGCGAUUAAUGCUAUUUACGGUGGUGCGGACGAGUUGGAAGUUUGUAGUUCACUUACUGAAGGCGGACUUACACCGAGCCCAGGGCUCGUAUCUCAGAUUGCGUCCGUCGUAAACAAUAUUAAAAAUGGACGACUGAUUCAUAAAUCGUGUUCUCAGUACAGCUAUGGAAAGAAAACUCUUAAGGUUCCCAAAGUGAACGUCAUGAUAAGAUGUCGCACUGGUUCGGAUUUUUGUUACAACGAUUUCGAAAUGGACACAAUGUUAUCAGACAUUGAUCAUUUCAAGCAGUUUGAAAUAGACAGAUUCGUUUUUGGCGCUUUAACAGAUAGUCAGGAAAUAGACGAAAAAAACUGCAAAAAGAUUAUUGAGAGAGCAUCUCCUACGCCUGUGACAUUCCAUAGGGCGUUUGACGUUUGCAAAGAACCCAAUGCUACCGUUACAAAAAUUAUAAAUCUGGGAUUUAAUAGAUUAUUGACCAGUGGGCAGAGAUGCACGGCAGCGGAUUCUGAAGCUUUAGUAUUAAUCCGAACACUUUUAGAGAGUUUUUCUGAUAAAAUUGAAAUUAUGCCCGGAGCUGGUGUCAAUGUCGAUAAUGCCAAACUAUUCAUAGAUAUGGGUUGUAAGAUUUUGCAUAGCUCGUGUAAAAUAACAAAAUAUUUGAAUAAAGCUGGCAAUAAUUUGAGGAUGGGUGAAGGUGACAGUGAAUUUAUUUAUGUUACUGAUGAAAAUAUCGUGAAAGAAAUGAAGCUCAAAAUGGAAAAUUAAAUUUAGAUAUGCAUAAGUAAAACUUUCAAAUGUUUUUUAAA